GCGACCCAUAGAGCUGGGUGGGGUAUAGGAGCAACCCAGGCUCCACAGCCGUCAUCCACGGACGCUUAGAUACAUGAUACAGGACGCUCGAAUCGCAUGCAUGGCUCGAGAUCGAUGUGUGAGGGGGACUGGUCUGGGGCUGAUCUGGAAUGUCGGGGUGUCGUCGGUUCUGUGUCGGUUUCGGCUUUGACUCUCCAGUCGUCGCCUGGGUAUGCUUCUGUCUGCGAUCUCGCAAGCCGACAGAACCACUGCAUCGAGCCUGCAGUUUCCUUCAUUGAGACUGCUCCAGACCAGUAUCGGAACGUCAUGGCUCGAGCGGCAACGUCCACCCGGUACUUUGAAACGACAAAAUCGCCCCUCGCCAUUCGCGAGUCGCCGCUCGAGGGCCGUUUUGCAGUGGCCAAGAUCAACAUUGAGCCUGGAGAUGCUGUGCUGAGCGCUCGGUGCUAUGCGAUCGCCCUGAAUCACAACUGCCGCAAACAGGCCUGCCACAACUGCUACGGAUUCACCCUCAAGACAUCGCUGCCGAUUGCGUGCUCGGGCUGCUCGUCAGUGUGGUACUGCUCCGAAACAUGUCGGCGCCGUCGCUCGGCCUUCCACGAUCUGGCCGAGUGCCGUUUCUUCCGAGAGAUCCAUCGACUUUCCCAGCCCGGUCUGUUCCGAAAGUGGACCAACGAUGCCAUCCGGGCACUGAAGCUGACCGAUCCCGAGAAGAAAGAGUGCCUGGAGUACGAGUACAAGGACCUGCAGGAUCUCGGCCGGUUAAUGCUGAGCGCGCUGCUCCGAAAGUCGAUGGAGGAGUCGGUCUUGCAGCUGAGGCACCAGGACUGGAGAGCUGCCUCGCCGCUCUGGGAGGACGUUAUGGCUCUGGUCUCGAACGAGGAGAGGCUUGGGUCCGGAGAGCUUGCCCAGCUGCGAUUCGUCCAUCAACUCUUCUCGACGCUGCCGCCGCUGGCGAACACAGACCUUCUCCAUCUUCCAUUUCCCACCUCCUCGACAGUCCCGGAAGCCAAACUGUCUAUCACUGCCGAGCACGGCUCAUCCGAUGUCUCGGAGCUGUCGCUCGAUUCCAACUUUAGCCAGCUCUACCGGAGACACUUUCCGAGCGCCACAGACUUUAUCCGAUUCAACGGCAUCCGGAAAAGCAACGCUUUCGGACUCUGGGACUCGGCCAACGAAGCGAUCGGUCAGGCCAUCUAUCCGUUUGCAUCGUACUUCAACCACUCGUGCGGACCUAAUCUGCUCCUGGACCACGGGAUGGCGGAUGUCGACAAGGAGGCCGGCAAGACUGCCGAGACGAAACCUCAGUCCGGAGCCACCCGGAAGCCCGAUGCCGAAAGUGGGGAUGGUAUCGACGACGAGACCGAGGCUGCCCUCGCCAGCGCACUCGCAGGAAUAUCGCUCGACUCAGAUAUUCAAGAAACGAACGGAUCGAUGCUCAUCCCACUCAAGCUGCUCACCAAGAUUGUGGAAAACGAGCCGGCGCUGCAUUUCCGCGCACUGCAUGCAAUCACUGCCGGCACUCCCUUGACGCACUCUUACAUCGAUGUAACGCUCCAGAAAGCCGUCCGACAGGAGACGCUGCGAGACGAGUACCGGUUUACUUGCCUGUGCGAGCGCUGCUCUGCGCCGGGCUCGGAUAACCCCGCAGUCCCAGACCCAUACAUUUCAAAGUACGUCUGCGUCGAGUGCGGCUUCCGCUUCGUCGAAGCAGAAGGCUGUCUGGAGUGUUGGGCACGAGGCAAUACAGCGCGCUGAGAGACCGUGGGACUCAUCGUCUCGUUCAGACAAACGCAUACCGUGGUCGGCUCAUAUUCAUACUCGGCCAAGAAUGGCCAAGUAUCCUGGCUAGUGCAGUCGAUGCUGCAGGCGACUCUGAUGCGGCCACCGUGAGAUUAUAGGAGAGG